CAACGACGUUCACCGAACAAGGCCGCAAACCAUGCCAGUUGCAGGUCCUCCUGCUCCGUCCACGGUCCCCUUCGCAUCUCCUCCUUCACCAUCACCAUUCUCCCCGCGCACAUAUAUGUCUAUUACGGAGGCCCUUCAGAUCAUAAUAGCAACGACUAAAAGCACGGAGAGGAUGAGAUAUGGUGGAGCUCACUGUGUGGUGCUCCUCUUCGUUGGUGAGGCAUGCACACAGCUCAUCCGUAGUUCUGAUUCGGUAGCCGACGCUGGUACGGCUAACCCUUCGUCGCCGGCUGGGGCCCACGGAGUGGGACCCCGAGAGCAGAAAUAGAAAGAAAAGGCCAAGGUUCUUGACAUGUCGACAUGGUGGUGCUUAUCGCUAUCCUGUUCCUCACUAACGUUCUCGCCUUGUCCUCCUGCCUGCUGGGUUUCACGGCGACGCCUCUAGUUGCCGGUGUCAUCGAUGGCUCUGCGGAAACAUCAACCCGACGUGGUCUCUCCCGUCCUGCUGUGGGCGUGGCAGGUUGCACUUUGUCUCGGUCAGUGGGUGGGUGAUAUUUCAUGUCAAGGAUCACCAUCGAGUGCCUCUUUGAUCCAAUCUAGUCUCCUCCGGGUACACCCCAAGGUCAUAUUAAUGCCUUGUUGCAUCCCACAUCUUGUCGACUGGAGAUAUCAAGAUAUUUUCCUCAUCGUCUUUUGAUCAGAUCCACAGCAAUCCAGCGGCGAGUCAUUGGCACGCCAUUGCGUUGACCCCAACAAGUAUACAAUAGACUGGUGCGGAACCCAAAGCAGGCGCGCCAUGGAUUAUUCUGAGAGCUAAUCUCAAUUUGGGGACCACCUCCUUCCUCAACUUUUACGCCCAUUUAAGAUGGACAGGUUCCUGGACGCUGAAGCCAAGCUCGAGGAUGCACACAUUGGCCGACUCAGACAGAGAAAGAGACUGUCAUAGAUUUGGCAUUUAUACCUCCCUUUCAAUCACUGGUUCUACUUCGGGCUUGAAUGGCAAUGCAGAAGGGCCAUCCUUCGGAUGUGCUUAAGUAGAGGGUCUCACAGUUUUCCGCCACGGGAAACUGCUUCUAUCAUUGCCGGAUCAUACACAGACCUGCGAUCAAACACCUGCAGGACAUUGUCGUCAAACAAGAUUUCCCACUGGGCAUACGAUAGGAUGGUGAGCGCAUAAGAUCCAUUAAAUGAAGCCCAUGGGCCGCCAGCCGCGUGCCGCAACUAUUUGUCCGAGCCGCCGAACAGGAGACAGGAAGCACCGCGAGUCGUCGUCCGACACGCACACGACUUGUCGGCUUCCUGAAUGAAUCCCUUGCGUGUCACGCAGGGGCGUGAAGUGGCUCGGUCUUCUCGAGGUCGCAACGCACCGAAGCCCCGUUCGCAACGCCUGACUCCAUAUUUGGUGGCUGCACCGCCCCAUGACAAGAAAUCCUCAUUAGAUACUGCUUUGCUGCUGCUCUCGACCCUCAUCAUCCAUGGAAACAUUGUGUUGUGCAUGCCAUGGAAGCAACAGCAGAAGCAGCGGCAUUCUCUCCCCUACUAACCUUUUCCCUCUGCCGCUCUCUCCCUCUCUUCUUUCCUGCUCUGUAUACUAGCCUUGCAUGCCCGCGCUAGGCACCCUUCGCUGCUACCCGCAUCCUGUCCCCACUCAGAGAGAUCUGCUUUGUCUUUCUCCUCUCCUCUUCGCUCUUCUCCUGAGGAGCCCGGUGACCUGUCUCUCUCUGUCUUACUCUGUAUCUUCCUUUCUCCAGUUCAAGAUUUCUUUGGUGUGCGCUGAUCCUUCUCGGUGAGCUCUGGAAUCCGGUUUGGGGUGGUAGAGUCGUGAUCAUGGGCCCCGUUAGAGGGUUCAAGAAGAGGAAGAGGGGGAAGACAAACGUAGCGGCCUCCGCGUCGACGGCGGCGGGGCAGGGUGGCGAUGAUUGGUGGGUUGACUUCUCAAGAAGGAUUACAGGACACUUAUCUGAAGAACCAAGAAAAUUUGAGUCGGUUUUCAAGAUAUCAAGGAAAACAUUCGACUACAUAUGCUCAUUGGUCAGGGAUGACUUGAUGGGAAAAACAUCAAAUUUUGCUUUUGCGGAUGGCAAAUUUCUGUCUGUAGAAGAUCAAGUUGCUGUUGCUUUGAGAAGAUUAAGCUCUGGUGAGUCACUAUUGAAUGUUGGAGUAUCAUUUGGGAUGAACCAGUCAACUGUCGCCCAAGUGACAUGGCGGUUUGUGGAAGCUAUGGAAGAGAGAGCUCUCCACCAUCUCAAAUGGCCAACCACUCAAGAGAUGAAAGACAUUAAGUCCAAGUUUGAAAAGAUCUGGGGUUUGCCAAACUGUUGUGGUGUCAUUGAUGCAACCCACAUUAUGAUGUGCCUAUCUACAGUAGACUCUUCCAGUAAAAUAUGGGUUGACCAUGAGAAUAACCACAGCAUGGUGUUGCAGGCUAUCAUUGACCCUGAUAUGAGGUUCCGAGAUAUAGUCACCGGCUGGCCCGGGAGAAUGAAUGAGUUGCCAGUGUUACGCAGCUCAGGCUUCUUUAAAAUGUGUGAGAAAGGCGCAAGGCUGGAUGGAGACACGGUGGAGAUUCCCAAAGGUUUAGAAUUGAGGGAAUACAUAAUUGGAGACUCAGACUUCCCCCUUCUUCCAUGGCUUCUCACUCCCUACCAGGGGAAGGAUCUUUCGGAUGCGAAAACCGAGUUCAAUAAAAGACUUUCUGCGGCCGGGGUGGUGGCACAGAGGGCAUUGGCAAGGCUGAAGGCUAUGUGGAAGAUCAUUCAGGGGGUGAUGUGGAGACCUGACAAACAUAGACUGCCAAGAAUAAUUCUCGUCUGCUGCUUGCUGCAGAACAUAAUAAUCGACUUGGAUGAUGAAGUGAGACAUGAGAUGCCCUGGUCUCAUGAACAUGACACAAGUUACAAGCAGCAACUCUGCGACAUGGCCGACGAUAAUGGAGUCACACUGCGAGAUCAAUUGUCCCAGUAUCUGUCUUGUAGAUUGCCACCUUGAGGUGAUCGUUGAACUGCUUUCUUUCUCUCUGACCGUAUGCCCAACAAAGGGUAUUGAUAGACGUCUAUCGAACAGCGUUUGUUUUUCUUUCAUCGGAUUCGAUGGCCAAGAGGCAGUUUGUUUGUGUGUGUCAAGUAUAUUGCCUCUUCCAAAUGAGACUUCCGGGAUGAGCUAGAGAUCUCCAUUUGCAGACCGACAAGAAGGGAACAGCCCUUAAGUUUUGUAGGAGGGUAUGCUGAACCUAAGAUCGAUUGGCAAUUAGCAGGGAACAGUUCUCAGUCCUAUUCACAGUUGACAGAAAACCUAAGAGCAACUCUACAUUUGCCGAAAAGAAAGACUCAUUACAUUAGUUUCUAUUUCUGUGAAAUCCUAAUGCAUUCAGUCUCUGUUUCUUGACGAUUAUGAUGACAAUCUGCAGGUUGAUGAUAAAUAAUGGAUUCUGACUCCUA